UAAGUAAAGUCGGACCUCUUAAAGUGGACCAAGAGUUGCUUGUGAAAAUAGUCUCUGAGACGACAGCUGACGUAACUGCUCUGCAGUGGAUGGAGAAGGAGGAAACGAGUGGGAAAGAGAAGCCGUAUUUGUACACUCAGUGUCAGUCUAGAUUCUGCCCAUCCCUAUUUCCCUGUCAGGACACACCGGGAGUCAAGUUCCCAUACACUGCCAAUGUCACUCUGGAGAAAGGGCUGGCAGUGGUGAUGUCGGCCAUCAUCGACGGAGAAGGAACUGCGACUGGAGAAAACAAAAUGUGCUACAAGUUCUCCCCCGAAGCAACCCAUUCCUGCAUAUCUCUUUGCCAUAGCUGUGGGAAAUCUAGAAAAGGGAACCGAUGCGCUGUAUGGACUGAACCAGGAAUUCUUGAUAGAUGUGCUUAUGAAUUUGCCGAUGUCGAGAGUAUCCUGCAAAUUGCGGAAAGUAUUUAAGGGCCAUAUCAGUGGACGAGAUAUGAUUUCCUGGUGCUGCCUAUGACUUUUCCUUAUGGAGGAAUGGAGAAUCCUAAUAUGACCUUUUUGUCGCCUACUUUAUUGACAGGAGAUAGAUCUAGGGUGUCUGUUUUGGCACAUGAAAUUACUCAUUCGUGGAUUGGCAAUCUGGUAACAACCGUCUCAUGGGAGCACUUCUGGCUGAACGAAGGCUGGACCAGAUUCAUUGAGGAUAAAAUAAAAGCGGUGAUGGAAAAAGAUGAAACAUAUCGCAAGUUUCUGUUGAACAAGGAGCAAAAACACCUGAACGAUAGUCUCGAAGAGUUUGAAAGGUUGCAGAAACCAGAAUUGACAGCAUUGGUUCCAAAUUUGACCAAUCGCGACCCAGAAGAUGCUUUCUCAACAGUGCCUUAUGAAAAAGGAUGCUGUUGA